UGGUGAAACAACCUUACAAAAUUCAAGUAUUUGAUGAAUUUACUGUCAGUGGAAAUACAGCUGUUCUGAGAUGUAGCAUUCCUACAUUUAUGAAGGAUUACGUCACUGUCACGUCAUGGAUAAGAGAUGAUUCUAGGACAAUUGUCGAUACUCCUGAAAAAGGUGGAAGAUUCAGCAUAUUCCCGACAGGCGAACUGCACAUUAGAGGGGCAAGCAUCGAAGAUGGUUUCAAAACUUACCGAUGUGUUACUAGGAAUCGGUUGACUGGAGAAGUAGCCCCCAGCACUGCGGCUGGAAAGCUUUUUGUUACAGACGCUCGAAGUAAUGUAUCUCCAAGAAUUACUCACAGCCAACCAAAAAUAGAAGCCGAAGUGGGCCAUACAGUUGAACUUCCCUGCGCAGCUCAAGGAUAUCCCUUACCAAGAUAUACUUGGUAUCGCCUGCGAGAAGGGCCUUCUCAUGGAGUUAAAAAAGUGGAUUCAUCCAGUCAAAGAAUAACAGAAUUAAACGGAACUUUGCUAAUUAGGAAAGCCACCAUUCAGGAUGGAGGAAAAUAUGUUUGCAUUGUGAAUAACAGCAACGGGCAGGAAAGGGCCGAGACAGAACUCUUAAUUAGAGAUCGUCUUCAUGUGCGCGCAGUUCCGCCUUCACAGAUAGUAGAUGUCGGUAAAACAGCUAUUUUUACAUGCAAUGCCACUGGACACCCAGUACACAUAAUCAGUUGGAGGAAAGAUAUGGUGCCAGUGCUCUCUUCUCGUAGAAUAACAGUCUCCAGAGAGGAGCUCCGUAUCAGUCCUGUUGAGCGAGAAGACCGAGGGAUGUAUCAGUGCUUUGUCUAUAAUGAUAAAGAAUCCGCCCAAGACGCUGCACAGCUUGUGCUAGGUG